AUGGAAGCAUUCUUGAACAAAAUAUGGCGGCGGCUGCCUCUUAGCCCCAAGGUCCAAAUCCUCUCUGAUCUGCAUCUAGAAGUUGGCUGGCAGUACUCAACAUAUACAUUUCCGGCGUCUGCGCCGUUUUUGCUCUUGGCUGGAGAUAUUGGGCGACUCGUCGACUACGAUGGAUAUCUCAAAUUCCUCGAGACACACGUCUUUCGGUAUGAAAAGGUCUUCUUAGUGUUGGGGAACCACGAGUUCUACGGCCUGGAUUACGAAUCUGGAUUGAACGAAGCGCGCCGUCUGUCAGAGGAACCCUCACUUGCAAGCACACUUGUCCUCCUGAGUAGAGCCCGUUGGGAUGACCCUAGUUCCGAUCUGACGAUCCGCGGCAGCACGCUCUGGUCUGCAAUCCCGGAGUCUGCUUACGGUGCUGUUGAGGUCAAGGUCAGUGACUACAAGAAAAUAAAGAGGUGGACUGUACAGAGACAUAACGAAGUCCAUGCCGAGGAGAUUGCCUGGCUUCGCAAUCAAGUUGCACAGGUGGCAUCGCUGGACGUCAGCUCCAAAAGACAGCUUCUGGUUGUAACACAUCACGCACCUUGCGUGGAGAGUACUUCUCGGCCAGAACAUGUCCGCAACCCAUGGACGUCGUUCUUUGCAACUGAUCUGUUGGAUCAAGGUAAGUGGGAUGGCGUUAAUACCUGGGUCUUCGGCCAUACGCAUUAUUCGACUGAUUUCCUGCGGAACAAUACCAGAGUGGUGGCCAAUCAGCGGGGAUAUAUACUUACGGGCAGCACCGUACAGAGGGAUGAAGGGAAGAAGAAGAAUGCGCAUAGUUUCGACGCUGCCAUGGCUAUCACCCUGUAGCUAGACAUGACUGUUGACCAUCUUCUAUGACUCUGGGCGGCCCGAGAAGUCAAGAUCUGCCAAAAGAGCAACAGAAAUGCGAGGAAUAUGUACAUGAAAAAGCCUAGUAUUUGAAUUGUGCUCAACCAGCAUUAUAUUCGUGUAAGCCAGAGAAGUAUCUAGUUAGGCCUUCAGCAUAAGAAUUAUCAAUCCAACACUACCAAAACGUUCUCUAGUGUCCUCAACUCUGAAGCCUGACCAAAAUAUUGCAACCAUAGAACAACUGUAAUUAGCGGUUCCUACCACGUAUUCGCACGAACCUGCUAUUCCUCAUUUCCAGUUUUGACCAGGGAAUGAUUCCUUAACUAAAAACCUGCCCUCGCCUGGGAAGUAAGUAUAUCAAGGAUUUUGGUCCAAUGCCUGUUUUUUUUUAGUAACCAAAUAGUCGCACUUUCGAUAUCUCGUU